AUCCUGGAUGUAUUGAAUGGGAGACAGUACCACCAAAUUUCCAACCAUCUGCUCCAAAUUGCUGUCCAGAGCAAAUCAGGUGUAAAAACAACGGAUCCUGCUUACACGAAGACAAAUUAUACAAGAACUGGGAACAAUUGCCUCUAAAUGUCACAGGAUGUGAAAAACGAUGUUACUGCGAAAUGGGUAAUGUGGAAUGUCAACCAACAUGUCCUCCUGUCACAGCCUUGCCACCACCUAACUUAGCUUGUUCAUCAAGGGAGGCAUCCCUUCAACACAUCCCUGAUGACGAUUGCUGCAUGUAUUGGGUAUGUCCCGAUCCCAAAAAUCAAGCCACAACUGGACGACCUGAUACUGACAAAACCCGACAGAACCAAACAAGAACAAAUAAUAAUAUACCAAAGCCGAACAAAAACAUAUUUGCUGACAAAACUCCAAAUAAAAUUCUUGGUCCUCUCAGUGUAUAUGCUAACCAGGAAAAUUCCUCGGUUAACGUGAUAGAUCAACACGAAAAUCCAUUCUACAAAUUCCGUGAGAAACCCAAAUUUCCACCAGUCAACAAAAACCAAGUCCCUGUUCGUCCACAUCAACCUAUUGGUCCAAUUAUACCAAACCAAAAUAAUCUUCCUGUCCCUCCUCGCCAGAUGGAGGUAAAUGAUCCAGAUUUGUUACACUUUCUUCAAGAGCAUCCAGAAAUAUCCAAUCUUCCUCACGGUUCUGUCGUGGAGAUUCAUUCUUUACCUCAGGACCAUCCAAAAAAUCCAUUUAUAAAUGUGAACGAUGUUAUAAGUCCUUUGCAAACAACUCCGAUAAGUCAUAAUCACCCUCAUGCCGUUCCUACUGACAUAUCUCUUGAAGAAAUAUUGGAGGAACUUCAUAAAAACAUCAAUCCUUACAGACAAAAUUCUUUGCCUCCCUCGUAUACACAUUCUCAUCCUCAUUCGGGACCAGAUUUGGACACCAGUGGCAGUAAACAUACGAACAAGACUACUAAAGUUAGACCUCAAGAAACCUUCAACAACCAUUAUCCAGAUGACUACGGUUUGAACCAACCCCACGACGACAUCACUGUCCAUUCUUUGGAAGCAGUGGAUCCACACACAAUUAGACUGGCCUUCAUGGUACCUCCUGUCAUUGUAGGCCUACAUGGAAGGGUUGAAGUGCGCUACACUCACAAAGAUAAUGACGACGUGAGCAGCUGGGAGCUGCAAGUUUUUGCUCCUCCAAAUGAUCUCAUCGCUACUCCAUCUUUAGAAUUCGAUCUCCUGGAUCUUUUACCGGAUAAAGAAUAUAAGAUAAAGAUCACGAUCACUCUAAGGCAAGUAUCCUCAAUAUUUAUAAGAUAAAUUAAACAGGGUGAG